AUGUCGGAGAACCCAAGUUCCGCGCGAGGGAACCUGAACACGCGUCUGAAGAAGCUGGACGAGAAGGACGACUUUGCCGCCAUCAUCCUGGCCGCUGCUGGCCUCCGGAGGAUGGGCUGGGACAACCGGAUCAGCCAGAUCCUCGGGCCUGAAGACUGUAUGUACGCCGUUGGACAGGGGGCUCUGGCGGUGGAGGUUCGGUCCAGAGAUGCCGACAUCCUGGAGAUGGUGUCAGUCCUCCACGACCCAGAAACAGUGCUGCGCUGCAUAGCUGAGAGAGCUUUCCUCAGACACCUGGAGGGCGGGUGCAGCGUUCCGGUGGCCGUACACACCGAACUGAAGAACUCCCAGCUCUACCUGACGGGGGCGGUGUUCAGCCUGGACGGGUCCGACAGUCUGAAGGAAACCAUGCAGACGAGCGUCGCUGCUGACGGCAAGAGCUCCGACGCGGUGGACGAGCGGGUCCAGCGAGUCGGCGUCACGGCCGGUAAGAUCUCGGGUGAAGCCCAGGACGCAGCCGAGCGGCUGGGGGUCGACCUGGCAAAGUUACUGCUGAGCAAAGGAGCCAAGGAUAUCCUGACGGUGGCCCGGCAGCUCAACGACGCCAGUUAAUCACCGACCGGGUCCUCGAGGGCCGCCGGUCUCAGCCUUGUGUCCAGUAAAGCCUUUUUUUUAUGUUACAGUUUUUGAUAUUAUGUGGAGAAGAAUAAUGGCGAUAGAUAGAGAGAUUUUAAACACUACUUGGACCAAAGUUGUGUGCUGCCGUCAUCAGUCUGAUGCACUGGUGGACUUGGUUCCAGUCUGUUCUUCUUAGUACCUCAAGGAACCAGCUCCAUGUGGAGACCACUUUACUGGGACUAUCAGUGAGAAACACAACGUGGCCUUCAGACAUCCUCCAGCACAGUCUCAUGUUAACAGUUUGUUAAACAAUCACAAAAUAAAAUCUAUUGGUUUUGUGUACAGGAACAUGAAAUGUCCUUUUUCUUCUUUUCAUGUCCCUCAGAACGGCUUUGUUUUUUGGGACGACAUUACGCUAAAAAUGGCAACAAAACCACCAACAGUUGGGUUGAGCCAACAAAACCACCAACAGUUGGGUUGAGCCAACAAAACCAUAUAAUUACAUUUAGGAAAACUGUCACGAACAGUUUGGAAAACCACGACGUGGUGUCAAACACCGGUCUUCUAGUUAAAGUCCUGUCUGUUGGAUCCAUCUCCCCUCUCGUCCACUAAUAAUCAUCUCUUUGGAUAUUAUACAUUACUUCACUGGCUCUGACUGUUGCUUAGUUAGUGGAUGUAUUUAAUUUUUGUCUCCAUCACCAAUAAGGAUCCUGACUUUAUUUUUGUGCUGAGCGACACGAAAAAAGACAAUCCGAGUCCCUGUACACAAAACCAAUAGAUUGUAUUUCGUCACUGUGUUACUGGUCUGUUACUGGUCUGUGUUGUCGGCUCUUAAAGAUCAAUCUCUGGCUGAUAUCCUCAUGGGGGGGGGGGG